AUGCGAGCACGAGCAUCCAUCGCCCACUCGGCCCCCGCCUUGCUGCUUCUGGCUAGCGCGGCCGUGGCCCAGGGCGACACCACCACCGUCGUCGUCGCAACCUCGCCCUUUGUCAGCCCUACGCCGUCCAGCGUCGACAUCUUCACCAUCCAGACGUCCAUGCCCGCCGAAGACCCGUGGGCCUGCUACGAGGCCUGCCUGAUGCCGCCGUGCCCGUCUUCAUGCUCCGUUAGCGGCUCAAUGGGCCUUCCCCUGCCGCCGCCCGUGUCCGAGUCGGUCGUGUCAGUCAUCACCGACUCUUUUCUGUCGACCGUCACAGGCGCCAUGUCCAUCCCCGCAGGUGAGACUGCCCUCUCUUCUGGCGCCUCGCAGACUCCCACGCCCAGCACGCCCUCGGGCGGCCUGAGGAGCACAGGGUCCCCGACGCGCUCUGGAACGCCGCAGGUGACGAGCAGCGCGGCGGCGCUCGAUGCAAAGGCCCCGGGCAUGUCGCUUGUGGCCGUUGUUGCUGGCGCCCUUGCCCUGCUCUGA